GAUGAGGCCGUUCACGUGACAGACUUCCUAAGUUCAUGGCGUUGGCUAUGAAGAAGACACCGUACAUGCCUUUGUGGAACCUGUCAACGGAAGAAAAGAAAAGAAAGGAAUGAGCUGAGAAGCUUCGAUACUACCUCCCGCUGGCCAUGGCAGAUGACUCCGUCUUCGCUUUGGGAGAAAAGUUCUAUGAGGAGUGGUCGAAAGGGAAACUCCUUGCUUCCAACGGCCGGCGUUGGACUGAAAAGCCGCCCACCCAUGAGGAGGUGGCCAAGCAAGGACUCUCCACUGUGACUGAUAGCCAGGGGCCGAAGAAACACGUCUGGUACGUGAAGCUGGACGACCCGUCGUUGAAAAAGGGCAAGGGGAAGCCAAAGAAAGGCGCGAAGGAGAAAACUUUCUACGUCCAAGUUCCUGAGCCGGAUGUCCACUGCUGGAAGGAAUUGGUGGACUUGACGGACCGCGAGAAGAAAAGACUGUUGAACGGCAUCUUGAACCUUAAUGUCGUGUGGGUUCAAACGAGUAGCAAGAAGUUGGCCGAACAAGGGAAGUUUACUGUCAAGGAGAUGGUCGACAUAAUAAAAAUGGACCGGAUUAUGUUGAGGCUAUGGCACUACGUGGAGUUCGAGUACGAGAAAAUGGAUAAGCGGGAGUGGAAUGCCAACUCCACGUUCUUCAGGUCCAAGAAGCAACUGUUUGAAGAGUUCAAGGACAAAGGUCUCGACGACAAGCUUUGGAACGAGAGCAGGAAAUUUUUCACGGACUCCACGUACGUCAACAAGUGCCCUCAGUUUCUCGGGUGUCAACACGACAACAACAUCAAGAGAACGGCCGCCCUCGUCAACGACCAGCAUUUCCCGGCAGAGUGGAAGCGUCUCGUCCUUUCAGGGAUCACUAGAGAUCGCGCCAAAGGCAAAAAAAGCCCUCGAGGCAUUGAUGAAUGCAUUAACAUUAUGUGGACUAGGACAAGCGCCUUGACGACGCUGGCUCAGUUUAACGUCGACCCAUUGAGUGCCAUAGAUCAUAAGGAGGCGCUGGGGAAACUAGGGCAUCAGCUACGCUCCCACACUUGCGUGCUCGACUUGUGCGGAACUGUGGACCUUGCGCAAUGGGACUCUGGGGCAUUCACGUCUCUGAGUGAGUUGUUGGGCUUCGUUUGUCAGGACUACUGGACAUUGGUGGUAUUCGUUCCCUGCCUGUGGAACCUCUCCUUCAUGACAUCUUUGUCUGUGCUUGGGGCUACCCGAUGCUACACGGGGAAGUGGGUUCGGAAGACGGCAGCGAAGAAGACGCAUCAGUUCGAAAACAGCAUCUGGGAGGAGCCGGAUGUGAUGCACAUCCUUUUCAAAGGCGAGGAUCCUCGGCUACUGACUCACCCGGUGUACGAGGGAGCUGUUGCUAAAGACAACGACGCCGCUCUCCGGAGGAAACAGAAAGUGACACCCACGGAUGUGGAGGAGAAGUCUUUCAAGUCCUUGACCUUCGCGGACAUCGGAAACCUCACCCAGAGGGGGGCUCUGUACAAGGACGGCGAGCGGAAUCCGAAUCAGUUAUGCAAUCAGCUUCUUUUCUUCUGUGGUGUGGCGGAUACCGUGCUGUUCUUGGGCAAGCCGCACGCGCAGGUGGUGUGGAGUCUGCUUCAGCAGGGAAGGCAUGUCUUGGCCAUGGAUGGGGAAACACCGCAGCUCGAAUACACCGUGCAGUAUAUCACCCAUGAAGUGUCGUCCAAGGCUUACCCAUGCGAUUUCCACCAUGUCGUGGUCAAGCCCGUUUAUGACCGGAACAAGGACAUGUUCUUCAAGUUGACUCCGAAGAAAAGGCGCCAGGUCUACUCCUUCCUUUACGGCAAACAACCAAGGUUGAGAUUUGACCCGCAGUACGUGGUGCGGUAGGAAGUCGCCAUUGCGGUCCUCCAGGGCUACCACGGAGCGAGUCGGGCCGGCGCUGUGAGCUUCAUUAAGA